AUGGUGCCGCAGCACGGCAUCCUCCUCGCCAUGGGCCUCAUAUCCGACCACUUCGGCCCCCUCGUAGCUAAAGUGUGCGACUGCCUCCUCCGUCACGGAGCGCUGCAGCUGCCGGAGAUUGUCCGUCGUCUCAAGCUCCCGCCGGGCCAAGUGAAGAACUCUCUCCUUGUCCUCAUCCAGCACAAUUGCGUUCAGGCCUUCUCAUCGACCAGAGGCAAUAGGAUGGUGACGCUCUACCUGGCCAUCUUCGAUAAUGUCCUGCAUCGUCUGCGCUUCUCAAAGUUCAUCUCUGUUAUCCGUGCGGACAUUCCAGAGUCAGAAGCUCUUAUUGAGGGUUUGCUUCAGAAUGGUAGGCUAACAUUCGACCAACUUGUGGGACGAACAAUCUCUAAAGUGCCUGAAGGCACCAUCCGACCAGCAAGGGAAGAGAUACGAAUGAACUUCAAUAGACUUGUGUAUGCACGUUAUGUGGAACGUUGCCCAAAACCUGAACCAUCUUUUGAUCCACUGGGAGAUGAACAGCCUACAUCUGCGAGGAGAAGAGUUCUGAAAACUGCCGAGGAGGUUCUUUCACUUGAGCAGAAAGUUUUCAAUACUGCAACCCUUUCUGGCCUAGAAAGAUUUUCUGAGAUCCCAUACAGCAUGGAGGAUGCAUCAAAAACAAAUGAUUGUCCUCAUAACGCAGUUGUUGGUGCUAAGCGGAAACACGGAGCCUUUGAGGUAGAUGAAGAGCUCAACUCAACGAUUGCCGAGACUGAAGUACUUUGGCGGGUAAACUUUGAGAAAUUUAUAUUCUGUCUAAAGAAGAAGUUUUGUGCAGACCGAAAGAAGCCAAAGCUGAAGGUUGGCACACAUCCUAUCUGGGAGUCAUUUUUCGAAGCUAACUUAGUUGACAGGGAUACCACCAACUCUGUGACAUCAUCAUUAAAUGGUAUUUCGGAGAAACUAGGACAAAAGGAAGGAGGUGCAGCAAUGACAUUUGAUCAUAUAACAAGAGUUCUAGAGGAUUUACGGUGUACUACUACCAGUGAAGAUCCGAAAGAAUUUACUUUUGAUUUACGCAAAAUGGUUGAAGCAUGUAGAAAUGAGGAGAUCGAGUCGCUUGUGAAAAAGAAAUAUGGGCAAGAAGCUUUUACAAUCUUUAGGCUAUUGGUCACACAAGGUUGUGCAGUUGAAACAGAUCAAAUUAUUGACAUGACAAUUCUUGACAAGCAGAUUGUUCAUUCAACUUUGUACAAACUAUGGAAUGAUGGGUACAUAGAUACAGAGAAAAUCGCUUCGGCAGCAGGAACAGGGUACGCACAGUUUUUUGUAUGGAGAGCCAGAAAUACAUUUCAUGAACAGUUCAUCGAUAAUCUCUACCAUGCUGCUUUGAACUUGCGCCAGAUGGUGAAUUACAUUGCUGAACUUCUACUCGAGGGUUCGAAGGACGAAACGAAGCUGCGGAACAGAAAGAACAUUUUGGUCCUAGCUCUCACUAGACAUGAUGACUCUCUCAUGCUGUUCCAUGAUUUUUGA